GGAACAUUAAGAUGAUGGGCUCCAUCUUCCAGGCCGCCAACGAAUCGCGGUAUGCUCCGGACGGGCACCAGAAGUUCGACCACCAGGCCAUCCUCGCCCGCGGCGCCGCCUCGGCGAGGCUGGAGCCCGAGCGGGACAUGUUCGUCCCGGGCCGGGUGGUCUUCAUCUACCAGGCGCAGGGGCAGUCCCACGCCGCUGCCAAGAAUGGCACGCUGAGCACCCUGCGCCGCAUAGAGCUGACCCCGAACUGCCUCUCGGACCACGUCUGCUCCGAGUACAUCAGAACCACCGUAGAGGCGGGGCCUCGCGCCCACCAUCCCUUCGCCCCCGUCGCUCAAAGAAGGGAAAACG